CUUUGUGGUAUAAUAUUAAAGUAUUUUUUUGCAGAGAAUAUUAAAACAUAAUGAAAGUCAAAGUCCUCUCGAGAAAUCCAGAUGAUUAUAUCCGAGGUUCAACAAGUGAAAUAAACAGGGUACCUAGAAACUUGGACCCAGAUCUUCAUCCAUUUGAAGCUGCACGUGAAUACACCCGUGCUCUAAAUGCUGCAAAGCUUGAACGUGUCUUUGCGAAGCCAUUUGUUGCCUCCCUGGAUGGCCAUACAGAUGGUGUCAACUGUUUGGUUCGGAAUCCUGUUCAUGUUACUUCCAUUGCCUCUGGUGCUUGUGAUGGUCAGAUAAAGUUUUGGCAGCUCCAAACUAAAACUUGCAGGAAAACUGUCAAUGCACACAGUGGAUUUGUCAGAUCGAUAUGCUUCUCUCCAAAUGGAGACAAUCUAUUUUCUGUUGGUGAUGAUAAAGUUGUAAAACAAUGGAAUGUGAGUGAUGAUAAAAUAGUGGAUCCUUUGUCAACGUUCGUUCAUGCAAACAUAUUAACAGGUAUCGAUCAUCAUGGUUCAGAUGCUACAUUUGCAACUUGUGGCGACACUGUCGACUUCUGGGAUGAACAUCGCUCAGUACCAAUACAAACUUACAGUUGGGGUGUUGAUACCAUUCAUAGCGUAAAAUUUAAUCCAAUAGAGACUCACCUUAUUGGAGCCACAGCAUCAGAUCGAAGCAUAAUGUUGUAUGAUACAAGAGAUUCCAACCCUCUUCGUAAAGUUAUCAUGAAAAUGAAAAGUAACACAAUCGCAUGGAACCCUAUUGAGGCUUUCAUAUUUUCCGUUGCCAAUGAAGACUCGAAUGCCUAUACGUUCGACAUGCGUCGUCUCGAUACACCAGUCAACGUUCACAUUGAUCACGUUGCAGCCGUUCUCGAUAUCAACUACUCGCCGACUGGACAGGAAUUUGUGACUGGUAGCUUUGAUAAAACUAUACGGAUAUUCCCACGAGAUCGAAGCAAAAGCAGAGAAGUAUAUCACACGUCACGUAUGCAGAGGGUGUUUUGUGUCGCUUUCAGCGGCGACGCGACGUAUGUUUUGUCGGGUAGUGAUGAAACCAACAUCAGGUUAUGGAAAAGUCACGCAGCUGAGCAGCUAGGGCCGACCAACCCCCGUCAACGUCGUUCGAUGAAGUAUAACGAAAAGUUGAAACGUCAGUAUCAGCAUCAUCCCGAAGUGAAGCGUAUCUUGAAGCAUCGCCACGUACCGAAGCUUGUUUACAAAUCUGCGAAAGAAAAGAAAGUUAUGUUGGAUUCCAUCAAACGAAAGGAAGAGAACUUGCGUUUGCAUAGUAAACCCGGUGCGGUGCCUAAAGUUCCGGAACGUAAAAAGCAUAUUGUUGCUGUGAAGAAAUAAAUAAAUACGGGAGGGUGUGUUAACGUUCUACUACCGAGAUGUUGGUCGCGUGUUGGGCUUGCUUCGUGCAGUCAAUCUUAUCAUUACCUAAUCGUGAUACGGACAAACAGAUGUUGGCAUUGAGAAUGAAUUUUACGAUGACAUAUAAUCCUCGUUUUUGACGAAACGUUUAUACAGCAGAUUUUUUAAUUACUACGUAUAUAUGCCUUUUGCCAUGUAGCUACGAUGAAACGGGUUUGCAAUAUAAAUCUUUUGCAAGGAAAUAUGAAGUUAAUCAAACAUUUGUAAUACUGAAUUUUUCAACUAAACUAUUGAUCGU